AUGGCUUCGCAGGAUAAAGGUCGGCCAUUACCUAAAUUUGGGGAGUGGGAUGUAAAUAACCCAGCUUCAGCUGAAGGAUUUACUGUUAUAUUCAACAAGGCCAGAGAUGAAAAGAAGACCAGUGCAGCUCAAGUGAAGAUGGUCACCCCACGAAAAACUGACGGCAGCCUACGAAGAAAUGGUGCUGGAUACAACACUGUCAAUGAGCAUUAUCCCAAAUAUCCUUCCUCAAAGAAGAGAUGGUUUUGCUGUGGUUGA